ACUUCCGAAAUGACCGUUUCCCACUCCACCAUUCUCCUCACUCUCACUUUCUUCCUCUUCCUACCUUCUUCCAACCCACUUUCCGAUUACACCACAUUAGUCUACAAAACCUGUGCAACCCAAACGUUCAACAACCACCAAUUAUCUCUAACACUAAACUCUCUGUUCCAACAACUCAUUGCACAAUCGUCCCAACACAAGUUCUUCAGAACCACCGAAGCCGUUGAUGAUGACAGAGCCAUCUCAGGCCUUUUCCAAUGCAGAGAUGAUAUCAGCAAAGAAGAAUGUUUCAGCUGCGUGAACUUACUGCCUCAGAUGUCAAACACCUUGUGCAGUGAUUCCAUAUCAGCACGGGUGCAACUUGACGGUUGCUACUUUCACUACGAGACUGAGGAAACAGCCGGUGAAUCUAGAAGUAACAGCUUGCUUCACAAAGAGUGUGGGAAAGCUGCUGUGGAGUAUGCCGAGUUCAAAGAAGUGAUGGAGGAGGCUUUUGCGACACUGGAAAGUGGGAUUCUGAACAGUAAUGGGUUCUACUCGAUGAAUUAUAAAUGGGUGAAAAUAAUGGCGCAGUGUGAAGGAGCUUUAGAGACUUGUGACUGUAGCAGUUGCGUGAACGAUGCAGUGCUGGUUGGAAAGGAAGAAUGUGGUAGUUCACUUUCGGCACAAAUAUAUCUUGACAGGUGUUUCAUAAGCUACGACAUUUUUGGUAACUCUGUCCCAGGAGCAAGAAGAAAUGGCAACACGGAAAGAUUGGCAGCGAUAAUUGUUGGAGGGGCCGUUGCUGUGUUUGUGGCUUUUGCUUUAAUGUCGAUGCUUAAGUCUCGGUUUAGAAAAGACGAAUAUGAAUAG